GGUUGGACAGUACAGAAGAGGUGAUUUGCUGCUUUUUGUUGAUUCACAGUAUACACGAUAAAUUAUUACAUGAUUUGAAACGACAUAAAUUAUUUACGCUCUACUGUAGAAGAUUUUUUUUUUUUUUUUUUCAACUCUACUGUAGAAGAUCGGGCUCAAAAAAUUAGAAAACUUUAUGUUUUUAGGGAGAGAAUCCUCUCUCUUUCUCAGAGAUAUUUGGUAGUGCUUAAAAUGGGCAGAACUUUUGCUGAAGCCCACCUUAAGAAGGACCAGCUGGUUCCUGAGGCUGCCACGUAGCACAUGUGCUGUUGGUUCAUCAGUUUGACGUGGCAAGCAUUGGGAGCUUAAAAAUUUAAAUAAAUAGGGCUUGUGUUAUACCCCCUCAGGUCUCUCUCCAUCCUCUCUACUAUUACUUCACCCCAUUCUCUCCCUCUCUCUUACAUCCAAAUUUUCCGUCACUAUUUUCUCAAUCUACUUUUCUCUUCCCUUCUUUCUCGAGAAAAUCCCAGGAAAAAAAAAAAAAUGUCACGGUUUGCUGGAAGAGAAACUACAAAUAAUGGAGACUCAUCCGACAAUCCACAACCCCCCAAACACUCCCCUCAUGAUCCUCGUGACUUUCAAUCCAUAAUGGCUUCAUGUUUUCCCAUCACCCUCAAGUUCAUGGACGUCUGUUACAAGGUAAAGAAAGAGAACAAGAGCAGGAGCUGUAUUACACAGAUGUUCACAGGUGGGCCCACUACAUCUUCCGAUGAAAGAUCAACGGCCACAAUUCAAGAACGAACGAUUUUGAACGGGAUCACAGGAAUGGCGUACCCAGGAGAAAUCCUGGCCGUCCUGGGCCCAUCAGGGAGCGGCAAAUCAACGCUCUUGAACGCGCUUGCAGGGAGACUUAAUGGUCACGGCUUCACCGGAUCAGUCCUCGCCAACAACCGCAAACCCAGCAAAUCCGUGUUGAAACGGACCGGGUUCGUGACUCAGGACGACGUCCUCUACCCCCACCUCACCGUCCGCGAAACCCUAGUCUUCUGCUCCCUCCUCCGCCUCCCCAAGUCCCUCUCGAGGAGAGAGAAAGUGUCUCUCGCCGAGUCGGUGAUCGCCGAACUGUGUCUCUCGAAAUGCGAGAACACCAUCAUUGGGAAUGCGUUUGUGAGGGGUGUGUCCGGAGGAGAGAGAAAGAGGGUGAGUAUAGCUCAUGAGAUGCUUGUGAAUCCGAGUCUGCUGAUUCUGGACGAACCCACUUCGGGGUUGGACUCGACGGCGGCGUACAGGGUGGUUGCGACGCUGGAGGCGGUGGCGAGGAAGGGGAGGACGGUGGUGACGUCGGUGCACCAGCCGUCGAGUAGGGUGUACCAGAUGUUCGAGAAGGUGGUGGUGCUGGCGGAGGGGAGGUGUAUCUAUUUUGGGAAAGGGAGUGAGGCCAUCAGCUACUUUGAGUCUGUUGGGUUCUCGCCGUCUUUUCCAAUGAAUCCUGCGGAUUUCCUGCUUGAUCUCGCUAAUGGUGUAUGCCAAGUUGAUGGACUAAGUGAAAGAGAGAAACCCAAUAUCAAGCAAUCACUUGUGUCUGCUUACAACAAUUUGCUAGCUCCAUUGGUGAAAGCUGCAUGUAUGGACACCAACACAGUUAUAGCUCCCAAUGACAUGACUAAGCUCACCCAAACCCAUCCUCAUGACGAAUGCAGAAGAAGCACCAGAGGAAGCAUUGUCACUUGGUUUGAUCAGUUCACCAUUCUCCUCCAAAGAAGCCUCAAGGAGCGAAGACACGAGACCUUCAACUCUCUCAGGAUCUUCCAAGUCCUUGCAGCCUCGUUCCUAGCCGGUUUCAUGUGGUGGCACUCAGACUAUCAGGACAUUCAGGACAGGCUAGGCCUCCUCUUCUUCAUUGCCAUCUUCUGGGGUGUCUUCCCAUCCUUCAACGCGGUCUUUGCCUUCCCACAGGAACGCGCCAUCUUCAUGAAGGAGCGCGCUUCUGGUAUGUACACGCUCUCCUCCUACUUCAUGGCACGCAUUGUUGGAGACCUGCCCAUGGAGCUCAUCCUCCCUACAAUGUCUUUCACCAUUGUCUAUUGGAUGACGGGGCUAAAACCGGAUGUGGGGGCUUUUCUUUUAACCCUAGUGGUUCUCCUCGGUUAUGUUUUGGUGUCUCAAGGGCUUGGACUAGCUCUUGGUGCAGCUAUCAUGGAUGCCAAACAGGCCGCAACUAUAGUGACUGUCACGAUGCUAGCAUUUGUGCUGACAGGAGGGUUUUAUGUGCACAAAAUGCCAACUUACAUAACUUGGAUUAAGUACAUUUCCAGCACUUUUUACUCUUAUAGGCUUUUUAUUCAUGUACAAUAUGGGGAAGGGGAGAAAAUCUCGUCUCUACUCGGUUGCAACCGCUAUGGAAGCAGCAACAAUCCGAGCUGCAAAUUCAUUGAAGAAGACUUGGAAGGUCAGAUUCAUCCGGCAAUGAGCGUGGGCGUCCUCCUUGUCAUGUUUUUCGGGUACAGGUUGCUGGCCUAUCUUGCGUUGAGGCGUAUCAAAGGUUGAAUUGUAUGACAAUUUCGCGACUCUUUGGCCUUUUGGGGUUGUUUUUCUUCAUUAGACCUUACAAAGUAACAUUAUAUUUCGAAUGCCGAUGAUCGAAUGAUGCUGAAAGCUGAAUUUCGUUAACUCUGAUGGGAAGGAUGCUUUGUGGUAAUAGGCAUAUUGGGUUCACAUUAACAGUUAUUUUAAGUAUCAAGGAACUCUCAGACUCUGGUAAAUGUAAAGAUUGAGCAGAGCGUGUUUUUUUUUUUUUGUUUCUUUUUAUUAAUGUUAUUCACUUGCAAUGUCUUUCAAUGAAAACUAGAAUUUAUUAAUGUUCU